AUGCUCAUAGUGUUGGGACUCGACUCGAGGUCUGUCUACGAGGAAGACUUCGAGGUGCCUUUCCUCGCCGAGUCGGCCCAAUUCUACGCCUUCCUGGGACAACAAUACAUCAAAACUAAGGACGCUUUUGAGUACAUUGCCCUAGUUGAACAACACAUCAACGAAGAGUCCGAGCGGUCGAAGCAGUGCCUGGAUGAUUCCACCGUGGUUCCAGUCGUGCAGGUGGUACAGAAGGAGCUCAUCGGAAAACACAUGAACACAAUUGUAGACAUGGAGGACUCGGGCGUCCAGCAUAUUCUCAACAGCAGUAUGACUGAGGACCUGACUCGUCUAUUUCGGUUCUUCAAGUGCGUGCAAGGCGGCGUCAAAACCUUGCUCGACUGUGUCAGCAAGCACCUGCGAAAUCUAGGAAGAUCUAUCGUGAAUGAGCACGGGGACUCGGUUAGUCUCAUACCGGAAAUGAUGGACCUGAGAGACCGUUUCGACUACUUUAUCCAGCACUCCUUCGACGAUGAUGAAGACGUCAAGAAGGCAAUCGCUACCGACCUUCAGCACCUACUUGGUUUGACAAAGAAAUCACCCGAGCACCUGGCUUCGUUUGUAGACGACAUGAUGCGAAAAGGAAUUAGGCACAUGCCAAAGCAGGAAAUAAACCAGAUCCUAGACAAAGUUAUGGCGAUAUUUCGGCCCCUGUCGGUGUUGCUUGUGUCGUGCAUUUGA